AUGGCUUCAUUAGACUCUCUCCCGAAUGAAAUCCUCGGCAACUGCGGGUCGCACUGCGAUAUACUCAGCCUCGCCUCCCUCGCACGCACCAACCGCCAUUUUAAUGAAGUCUACACUCCUAUUCUUUACAGACGCUCAUUGUUCAUAGACCCCCCUACCCGGCCCGUCAUCUUUCAAGCGGCCGCGAGUGGGAAUCUAGCUACUAUGGAACUUGCAGUGGCACAUGGUGCCGAUAUCAAUGCGGUGUCCACGGAGACUUUCCAAGAAUGCAACGAGAUAGGCGUUGAGACACAGAUCGAACAAGACGCCACAGCUCUACACGUCGCCUGCUACAAUGGCCAAACCAAUAUCGUAUCCUUUCUCCUCAAAGCCGAGGUGGAUGUUCACUUCCCUGACGGUGCCACAUUCACUCCAUUCUACUAUGCUAUGCGGCUUCAAAACCCGGAACGCAAGGCAAUCACGGAUCUUCUUAUCCAAAGUGGAAUUCAAUAUGUGUCAAGCAACCCGCAUAAAUGGACACUGCAUGCAGCUCUCGAGGCAAGCUGCUGGCCGGUAGUUGAGACUAUCCUUUCAAAUCGCCACUUCGAGAACCCAUUCUUCACCGGGCCUUAUGGUCAGGAAACCAACAACAUGGCAGAAGCGGUCUUUGAAAACGGAUACAAUCCUCUCCACUUUAUCUCGAAAAGUAGUGACGCUACAGGAAUCUCAGAGGUGGUUCCCAAGCUGGUAGCUGCCGGAACGCCACUGGAACAUGUUACCGACGACUGGGAUCAACCGAUGGCCCCUAAUGGUGGCACCCCCCUUAUUUACGCCGUGAAACAGCAGAACUGGGCUGCUGCUACAGCUCUUGUAGAAAAUGGGGCAGAGCUAGAUUCGAUAGGUAACUCCUUGAGGCAAGAGAUUGCUCUGCAUAUCGCCCUGGAUAACCGAUUACGGGAACCCGAAAUCGGAAUGCGCUCCAUAGAGGAGAUUAAACGCGACCCCAAGCUUCAUCAGGAAUUCAUACGCGCUUUUAUUGAAAAGGCCAAGGAAAGUAACAAGAUGGAGCUGAUUGAGCGCCGCCCUGAGAGGGAAAGAGGUUGGAAGGGGACACCCCUCUGGUACGCAGCGACACGUGCUUCCAAUUAUGAUUGCAUGAAGCUUUUGCUCGAGGAGGGCUCUGCCUCCCCCCAUGCCACGGUCGAAAAAUUUGUACCUGCCAAUGCUAAUGGUGUCGAAGAUGGACAAAACUAUCGAUGGGUAGAGAUGACAAUCCUGCGCAGUCUACUCUCUCCUUUUGCCCAUUCGAAAACUCCCAUUCUGGCAGAUGGAGCGAAAUUGCUCCUUGAGCACGGCGCCCGUCUAGACGCCGAGGUUGACCAGGCCAAUACUUUGUUCUCGACUGUGUUGGAUAGAGCAUGUGAAUAUUGCGAAGGCAAGAGGACGUGCUGGCUCUUUGGUAUCAUUUUGGAGAGUGCAACGAAUAAUAACGUGAGCCUCCAGUACGUUGCUGAAUUAGAGAAGAAAUAUGUCGGUGACCGCUUUGUUAUCAAGUUUCUCGACAAGUUGCGCGAACGGCUUAAUUAA